CCAUGGGCUGCUCCAAAUCCCAGCUGCUCGUAGUCCUGCUGCUGUCGCUGGCCUGGCUGGUACCCGCUUGGGGAGAAGACAAGGAAGCCCAGGUCGAGGAAGGGGUGGUGGAGGAGGAAGAGGAGGAUGUCGUCUCUGAUGAGCUCCUGGAGGAAGAGGGUGUCUUGGUGCUCCAUCAGCACAACUUUGAGCGAGCCCUGCGUGAGCACCGCCUGCUGCUGGUGGAGUUCUAUGCCCCCUGGUGCGGGCACUGCCAAGCCCUGGCCCCCGAGUUCACGCGUGCCGCUGGCAUCCUGAAGAAUGACUCCGCGGGCCUGCGGCUGGCCAAGGUGGAUGCGAUGGAGGAGACGGACCUGAGUGCCGAGUUUGGUGUCACAGGGUACCCAGUGCUGAAACUCUUCCGAGACGGGAAUCGCACACACCCCAUAGAUUUCACAGGGCAGCGGGAUGCUGAGGGCAUUGUGCGGUGGAUGCGGCGGAAGGCUGGCCCCAGCACGGAGCUGCUGCAGGAUGAGGCCAGUGCCCAGGAGUUCAUCGCUUCCCAGGAUGUCGUCGUCGUCGGGUUCUUCAAGGACCUGCAGGGCAAAGCUGCGCAGGGCUUUUAUGAAGUUGCCAGUGAUGCUGUGGACGUGACCUUCGGGGUCUCCAACAGGACGGAGCUCUUCCAGAAAUACAGCGUCACCCCCGACACCGUUUGCCUCUUCAAGAAGUUUGAUGAGAAGCGGGCGGAUUUCCCGCUGGACGCGGAGCUGGGCCUGAACAAGGAGGAGCUCUCCCGCUUCAUUGGCCUGCACAGCCUGGAGCUGGUGAUGGAGUUCACCAGUCAGAACUCACCAAAGAUAUUCGGGGCAAAAAUCCUCAACCACCUGCUGCUGUUUAUUAACAAGACCCUGGAGCCCCACCUGGAGAUCCUGGGCAGCUUCCGGGCUGCUGCACCCCCGUUCAGGGGCCAGGUUCUCUUUGUGCUUAUCGACGUGAACGGGGAAGGCGCCCAAGUGCUGCAGUACUUUGGCCUCAAGAGCCACGAGGCCCCCACUAUGCGCUUCAUCAACAUCGAGACCAACAAGAAGUACCGCAUGGCCACGGAUGAGUUCGCCACCCAGGCUGUGGGCUCCUUUGCCCAAGCUGUGCUUGACGGCAAGGUCCAGCCCCAUCUCAUGAGCGAGGAGGUC